GAUUGGUGUACCAUGGUGCCAAAUUAGGUCAUUUAAGAAUAAUGUAGCUACAUUUUUCACAUAUUCGUAAUUGAUUUUGGUUUUUUAAUACCGAAAACUUCCUAUUUCUUUCAUUAUUAGAUGAUAAGAAAUGGCUCAAUAUCACAGAAACUGGUUAUGUAAAUGCUUUUAAGAAAAAUCGUAAAUUGUAUAACAUCUUCUAAAAUGAAAACUGACAACACCGCUGCUCCAUCUUUUUACAUAACUUCACAAUAAUUUGUAGUUUAAUCAUUUGUAAGAAGUUUUCUUAUAAAAAAACCAAAGUAUAUCAAAAUGAGUGCCUGGAGAGCUGCCGGUUUAAACUACAUCAACUAUUCCAACAUAGCUGCCAAACUUUUGAGACAAGCACUUAAACCUGAAUUCAGGACAGACGCAUUGAAAAGAGGUGAUACCCACAUUAAAAUCACUAAAUGGCAAGAUGGGAAACCAAUGAGGGAAUCCACCUAUUAACUCAAUAAUUUAAGUUCCAAAUACUUGUUCCAUAGUGUUACUUGUUUAGAAGACCACACUUUUUUGUAAAUAUUUAUUAUUCAAAUUUAUAUCAUCUGUAUGCUAUACUUACAUUUGAUGUAAUGUGGAGUGUAUUAAAAAAGGAAAAUAAAACAAUUGCAUAAGCUAAAA